UCAAAACAAUCCGCAAGCAUUUUUUAAUUUUUUAUCCGAAUUUCCAUCAAAAAUGGUCAAGAUUAAGCGUAAAUUCAAGCCAGAAAGUGAGGAAAGUGCCUCAGAGUCGGAAUAUUCGAGCGAUUAUGACUCAGAUGCCGAAUUGCAAAAAGCCUUCAACAAAGGUCUCAUCAAACCCGGUUUGAAUGUCGUCGAAAAUGCCGAGGAGCCCUCGAAACGCGUAAAAGUCUACAACAAAGAACGCCUGAACGCCAAAUACGAGAAACUCGUGCUGAAAAUGUCGUGGAUCGAGCGUCUCGACUUGACUUCCAACAAGGCACCGAUGGCACCCGAAAUGGCAGUCCAGAUCGAACGCGAAGAGCAAAAACGGGCAAAUCUCUUCAAGGGCAACCACAAAAUCCCGUAUGUCGCGCCCGAAGUCGAUCCCGUGCUGAAUGACUUCAAACGCGAAAUCGAGUUUCAGCGACAGGCGCAAGGUGCCGUCAUCGAAGGCAUGUCUCGCUUGCACGAACUGAAAAUCGAGACAAAGCGUCCCGACGAUUACUUCGCCGAAAUGGCAAAAACCGACGAACACAUGCAAAAAGUCCGCAAAUUCCUCAUGGCGAAGCAGGAGGGACAACAAAAGUCGGAACGUGUGCGACAAUUGCGCGAACAACGAAAAAUGGCGAAAAUUUUGCAGAAGCAAGCGAACGAAAAGAAGGCGGCGGAGAAGAAAAAAAUGCUGGAUGAGGUCAAGGCAUUCCGCAAAGGCAAACUGAAGAACUUGGAUUUCCUCAAUGACGACAAAGAAGCGGCUCAGGCGCAUCAAAAACCCAAAAAGAAGCAAUUGGCAAAGGGAAAACCGAAAGUUAGUGCGAAACGACAAGCACGCGAUGCGAAAUACGGCUUCGGAGGCAAGAAACGGGGCAGUAAGAGAAAUACCGCAGAGUCACAUUUGGGAAUUAACAAGCGAACGAUGAAGAAGGGAGCGAAACCGCAACGUGCGGGAAAAGCUAAACGUGCGCAACAGAAGAAUAGGAGCAAUAACAAAGGAGGACGACGAUAAAUAUGUGAAAAAAAAUUAAUAAUAAAAAUUUCCUUUAUUCUUUAUUAUACAGAAAAAAUUGUUUUUUUAAAGGAUUUCGAAGAGAUUUCCCAU